GAACGGAAGAACAAAAUGCAAAAGGAAACAGGCAGGCAGCACCCCCUGGCGUGGGUACGCCACUUGCGCAACCGCCCCACUUCCACCCAGCCAGCUACGCAAGCCAUUUGGCGUAAAAGCCUUCGCGCAUACCGGUGCUGCACUGCGGAGGUUUUUUUCCCCCCACCCUAUCAAUUUAUUAUUCUUUUGAAGAUUCUUCGUUGUCAAGCCGCCAAAGUGGAGAGUGCGAUUGCAGAAGGGGGUGCUUCUCGUUUCAGUGCUUCUUCAGGCGGAGGAGGUAGUAGGGGUGCACCUCAGCACUAUCCCAAGACUGCCAGCAACAGCGAGUUCCUGGGGAAAACCCCAGGGCAAAACGCUCAGAAAUGGAUUCCUUCACGAAGCACUAGACGAGAUGACGACUCCGCAAAUGACAAAGAACGACAUGAUGCAAUCUUCAGGAAAGUAAGAGGCAUACUAAAUAAACUUACUCCUGAAAAGUUUGACAAGCUAUGCCUUGAGCUCCUCAAUGUGGGUGUAGAGUCUAAGCUCAUCCUAAAAGGGAUCAUACUGCUGAUCGUAGACAAAGCCCUUGAAGAGCCAAAGUAUAGCUCCCUGUAUGCUCAGCUAUGUCUGCGGCUGGCAGAAGAUGCACCCAACUUUGAUGGCCCAUCAGCAGAGUGUCAUCCAGGACAGAAGCAAAGCACAACAUUCAGACGCCUCCUAAUUUCUAAACUUCAAGAUGAAUUUGAAAACCGCACCAGAAAUGUUGAUAUCUAUGAUAAGCGCGAUGGUCCCCUCCUCCCGGAGGAGGAGGAACAGAGAGCCAUUGCCAAGAUCAAGAUGCUGGGGAACAUCAAAUUCAUUGGAGAACUUGGCAAGCUUGAUCUUAUUCAUGAAUCUAUCCUUCAUAAGUGCAUCAAAACACUUUUGGAAAAGAAGAAGAGAGUCCAACUCAAGGAUAUGGGGGAGGAUUUGGAGUGCCUCUGUCAGAUAAUGAGGACAGUGGGACCUAGACUAGACCAUGCAAAAGCCAAGUCCUUAAUGGAUCAGUACUUUGCCCGUAUGCGCUCCUUGAUGUUAAGUAAGGAAUUGCCAGCAAGGAUUCGUUUCCUGCUGCAGGAUACUGUGGAGUUGAGAGAACAUAAUUGGGUUCCUCGCAAAGCUUUUCUUGACAAUGGACCAAAGACUAUCAAUCAAAUCCGUCAAGAUGCAGUAAAAGAUCUGGGAGUCUUUAUUCCUGCUCCUAUGGCUCAAGGGAUGAGAAGCGACUUCUUUCUGGAGGGACCGUUUAUGCCACCCAGAAUGAAACUUGACAGAGAUCCACUUGGAGGACUUGCUGAUAUGUUUGGACAAAUGCCAGGUAGCGGAAUUGGUACUGGUCCAGGAGUUAUUCAGGAUAGAUUUUCACCCACCAUGGGACGUCACCGUUCAAAUCAGCUUUUCAAUGGCCAUGGGGGACAUCUCAUGCCUCCUGCUCAAUCCCAGUUUGGAGACCUAGGCAAAUCUUUUUUGAAAAAUCAGGUAAGGAAGACUUUUAAAAAUUUCAGAACUGAAUCUCAGCAACAAGGACAGUCGAAGGAUAUGCCACCUCGGUUUUCUAAGAAAGGACAGCUUAAUGCAGAUGAGAUUAGCCUGAGACCUGCUCAAUCUUUUCUAAUGAACAAGAACCAAGUGCCAAAGCUUCAGCCCCAGAUAACUAUGAUUCCUCCCAGUGCACAGCCACCUCGCACUCAGACACCACCUUUGGGACAGCCACCUCAACUUGGUCUCAAAACAAAUCCACCACUUAUUCAAGAGAAGCCUGCAAAGAUCAGUAAAAAGCCACCACCUUCUAAGGAGGAAUUGCUUAAACUCACUGAAGCUGUUGUGACUGAUUAUCUAAACAAUGGAAAUGCAAAUGAGGCUAUCAGUGGUGUGAGAGAAAUGAGGGCUCCAAAGCACUUUCUACCUGAGAUGUUGAGCAAAGUAAUCAUUCAAUCCUUAGACCGAUCUGAUGAAGAUAAAGAGAAAGCAAGUGCUUUAAUAAGCUUACUCAAGCAGGAAGGAAUAGCCACUAGUGACAACUUCAUGCAGGAACUGCAACUAACUUUUCCAUCUCAGUGUCCCAAACUGGAGGUAGACAUCCCUUUGGUGAAAUCUUACUUGGCGCAGUUUGCAGCUCGUGCCAUUAUUUCAGAACUGGUGAGCAUUUCAGAACUGGCUCAACCACUGGAGAGUGGCACCCAUUUCCCCCUCUUCUUGCUUUGCCUUCAGCAGUUGGCUAAGUUACAAGACCGCGAAUGGCUAACUGAACUGUUCCAACAAAGUAAAGUCAACAUGCAGAAGAUGUUGCCAGAAAUUGAUCAGAAUAAAGAUCGUAUGCUGGAGAUCUUGGAAGGGAAAGGACUAAGUUUCUUGUUCCCACUUCUGAAACUGGAGAAGGAACUGUUGAAGCAAAUAAAGUUGGAUCCAUCCCCUCAAGCCAUCUAUAAAUGGAUUAAAGACAACAUUUCACCCAAACUUCAUGUAGAUAAGGGAUUUGUGAAUAUUCUGAUGACCAGUUUCUUGCAGUAUAUUUCAAGUGAAGUAAGCCCUCCUAAUGAUGAACCAGAUUCUUCAUCUGCUCCUUCUAAAGAGCAGCUAGAACAGGAAAAACAACUGCUUCUUUCCUUUAAGCCAGUAAUGCAGAAGUUUCUUCAUGACCAUGUUGAUCUACAAGUGAGUGCUCUGUAUGCACUUCAGGUGCACUGCUACAACAACAACUUUCCAAAAGGCACCUUAUUGCGCUUUUUUGUUCAUUUCUACGACAUGGAAAUUAUUGAAGAAGAAGCCUUUUUGGCAUGGAAAGAAGAUAUCACUCAAGAGUUUCCAGGGAAGGGCAAAGCCUUAUUCCAGGUAAACCAGUGGCUAACCUGGCUGGAAACUGCUGAAGAAGAAGAAUCUGAAGAAGAAGCUGACUAAAAAACCAGCCAAAGCCUUAAAUUUGUGCAAACACUGUUGCUAUGAUGUAACUGCAUUUGACCUAACCACUGCGAAAAUUCAUUCCGCUGUAAUGUUUCACAAUAUUUAAAGCGGAAGAAUGUCAAUAGGAUGUUCUUCUGCAUAAGGUUUUUGUAGUAUGUCUUAAUCAUAGUCUACCAUAAAAUAUUUUAGAGUAUCUUUAAUGUUUAGAUGACAGUGUAUUAGCAGCAUGCAAUAAUUACAUCAUAAGUUCUCAAGCAGAAGCAGUCUA